AGCAAGCCUUUUCUCUUGCAGACCAGUGACAGCGGUUCAACAAAGCAAGGAUAUAAUUUCUCUGUGGAAUUAAUGUGGUUCAGAGUAAUGAUGCGGGUGUGCUGGUUGGUGAGACAGGACAAUCAGCACCAGCGAAUUAAACUUCCACAUUUGGAAGCAGUCAUGGUUGGGCGCAGCCCCGAGACCAAGAUCACUGACAAGAAAUGUUCUCGACAGCAAGUACAGUUGAAAGCAGAGUGUAACAAAGGAUAUGUCAAGGUAAAGCAGGUAGGGGUCAAUCCCACCAGCAUUGACUCACUCAUAAUUGGGAAAGACCAAGAGGUGAAGCUGCAGCCUGGCCAGGUCCUCCACCUGGUGAAUGAACUUUAUCCAUAUAUCAUAGAGUUUGAGGAAGAGACAAAGAACCCUGGCCUGGAAACACACAGAAAGAGAAAGAGGUCAGGCAACAGUGAUUCUGUAGAAAGCGAUGCUGCCCAGGAAGCUGAGCCCAGUACAGGACUAGAACCUGGGAGCAACCCUAGCCAGUGCUCUGUGCCUCCAAAGAAGGAGAAAGAUGCAUGCACCAAAAAGGAAUCAUUGGGCCACUGGAGUCAAGGCUUGAAGAUUUCAAUGGAGGACCCCAAAAUGCAGGUUUACAAAGAUGAGCAGGUGGUGGUGAUUAAGGAUAAAUACCCCAAGGCUCGUCACCACUGGCUGGUCUUACCAUGGGCCUCCAUUUCCAGUCUGAAGGCUGUGACCGGAGAACACCUUGAGCUCCUCAGACACAUGCACACUGUGGGGGAAAAAGUGAUUGCAGACUUUGCUGGGUCUAGCAAACUCCGCUUCCGAUUGGGCUACCAUGCCAUUCCCAGCAUGAGCCAUGUACACCUUCAUGUGAUCAGCCAGGAUUUUGAUUCUCCUUGCCUUAAAAACAAAAAACACUGGAAUUCUUUCAAUACCGAAUACUUCCUCGAAUCACAAGCUGUGAUUGAGAUGGUACAAGAGGCUGGCAGAGUGUCUGUCCAAGAUGGGAUGUGUGAGCUCUUGAAGCUGCCCCUCCGUUGUCAUGAGUGCCAGCAGCUGCUGCCUUCCAUUCCUCAACUGAAAGUGCAUCUCAGGAAGCACUGGCCAAAGUGAUUCUGUGGAGCCUGAACUUCUGCAGCAGCAAACAAGCUACCACCAAGGAAUGAGCUUUGGGUCUUAGAGUCUCCUAAUGAGUAGGGUUCUGAUGCUUCCGACUCAGGGAGGGGCUGGUACGUGAGCGGUAUGUAAGCAAUUGUCAAAUGACUCAUCAAAUCAGUGACAUCCUCAAAUGCCUGAGAGUUCCUCUCUUGGCAGUUGCUCUCUACCCGGACCUUGGGGAAGGAAACAGCCUGGGCAUGGGGCAGUGGGAAAGGAGUUCUAGGAUUCUGGGCCACUCACUACUCAAUUCCUUUUACCUGUUCCAUUUUGCAAAUUUAUUUUGAGACCAUCUAUUUCAACUUUGUCAUUUUUUAGAAGGCUACUGGGACUUGGAGGUUUAAAGGGUUCAUUUAGCAAUUUAAACCAGAUCUUGGCCUGUACUGGAAGUCUUCUUGACUCUUCCCAGAUGCGCUCAGGGUACUGACAUCUUAUUUAAGAAUAAGGAAUGGCGUCAGUGCUAAAUCCCACUUGUUUCUUGUCUUGCAUAUUUUCUUUAUCUAAAGGUAGAGUAGGAAUAAAAGGACUUAGGCCUUGCGCUCUAGAGCCCGCAAGCCACAACUAAUGAAGCCUGUGUGCCUGGAGCCCGUGCUCCACAACAAGAGAAGCCACCGCAAUGAGAAGCCCGUGCACUGCAACGAAGUGAAGUUCCCGCUCGCCGCAACUAGAGAAAGCCCGCCCACAGCAAUGAAGACCCAACGCAGCCAAAAAUAAAUAAAAAAAUAAAAAUAAAAAAAAAAGGCUUAGGCUUGUAUUUGAAGCUCAGCUCUGUCACAUGUUAGCUGUGUGACACUGGAGUAGUCAUUUAACCUCUCUGGCCUCAAUUUUAUCAUCUGUGAAAUUGAGCUAAAAUGUGUAAUCCCUGAUUGACUGUGAGGAUUAAACAAGUGUGAACGUGAAAGGCCCAGGUACAGCACUCAUCAAUCCUAGUCUCCUCUGCUAAACUAACCCCAUCUGACCUGUGAGGCCACAGUGAGUAUUCUCUCCAGCAAGUUCUUUUUCCCUUCCAGUCUUGGUUUCUCAUAUUUAAAACCAGGGCUUUGGACUAGAUAAUACUUAAAGUCCCUCCCAGUAGUAAGAGGGACUUAUAACUUGCUUCAGGCUCCAGCUGGUUAGCUUCUAUUGCUGUGUCCCUAAGGUCUCCUUUUAUUCUAAGAUCAAAAUUGGCAGAUGAGCUUUCUAAAAUACAGAGAUUCUUUACAUCCAUGCCCUUAACUGUUAAGUAAGUUUUAAAAGAAGUCUUCAUCUGCCCCAGUUUAUGCUGAUUCUGGACCCAUGGUGGGGAGCAAAGGGCAUGGCUGAAUCUAGGGGUUUAAGUGACAUCAUUAGAACUUUCCCUUUCCAUCUCUUACUUCUGCUUUCCUGUGUUGACUCUCUCCAGGGGGCAACAAAAAUAGCCAUGGGCCUCAGAGAGAGAGAGGACAGUCCUUUUCCUUGACAUUCCUGCCCAAGUAUAGAAAGGACCCUGAGUCUUCUGCUUAGGUCACAUACUCAUCUCUGGACUAAUCACUGUAUCUCUUAGGAGGAGACGUACCCUGGCCAUUUUGAGGAACAGGACCGUCUUGAGGUGAGA